AUGACUGAAGUUUCUCAACCGCAAUCUCCACGUGUGAGAAUUGCCCCUCGAGGCCAUAAUUCAUCUGUUAAAAUUGAGAAAAAUAGGCCAGCAAUGAUCGAAACUGCGCCAGAAGAAAAAGGAAUGGAUGAAAUUAUCAAUCCUCCUUCACCGCAAUCACCUGAGGAAUUAGCUAACAAGGCAAUCAAUACUCUCGAUAUCGAAGGGAUUACAAUUCAGAACUCAAAACCAAUUGUUGCAAUUAUCCAUAACAAAAGAUAUCAAGCUAUGACAAUUGGAAUGAUGGAUGUUGCAAAACAAUGCGAUGCUGCUGCUAGAGCAGUCCUUGCUAAAGUUGGUUCGAUGAAAGAAGAAGCAUCAAUUUCUUUGAAAUAUAACGAUCUCGAGCAGAAAUUAACAGCGGCGCAAAAUGACUACGAUCAACUAAAACUUAGAUGGGAUCAAGUCAUUUCAAAUGCCGAGAAGAACAAAAUAAAAGAAUUAGAAACAUUACAGAAAGAAAACGAGAAAGAACUUGCAGAUCUCGAUAGUACAUUCAAUGGUGAUCCACCACCAUCAUUCAAAAAGCUUUCACCUAAGAUUGUUGAACUUCGUCACACAAUUUACGUUACAGGUAAAUCUGGCAAUCUUAAAGAAGCAAGUAGGCUGAAACAGAUGCUUGAAGAGAUGAUUGAGCAAGAAAAGGCACAAAAUAGAGAAGAAUGGAAAGCUGUUUUUCAUAUUGAAAGAGAUGAACUCGAAAAGAGUUUAGAUCAAAAAUACCAACUACGUAUUGAGCAAUUAGAUAGAGAUCUUAUUAAGAUGAACAGAUAUAGAGACCGUGAAUUGCUUCGUGCACAAAGAUCAAUUGAUCAUCUCCAAGAAAAGUUAGAUAAACUCGUAAAUGAGCCAUUAGAUGAUUCCCCACGAAUACCAAGAGCUCCACAAACAGCUCGUGUCCCAAGAAGAAAUAUGUUCUUCAAGAACAAAUCAUCAAGUAUCAUAAUUCCUAAACGUGGUGCAAUAUCAAAGCCAUCAACUCCAAGAACUCCACGCAAGAGAGCUAACUAUGCAUCAAAUUAA